UAGUUUGGACCGAUGUUUUGUUUAUAGGAAUGGUUCCAUAUCCUGAAUGUUCCUUUCAUUCUUAAAUACAGUGAUUGAAAGAUUCUAAAUUAAUUUGAACACUGCGUUAAUUAUUUGAAUGAUUCGGAUACCAUGUAAAAACCAUCUCGAUGGCCUUUCGUCGCAAACUUUUAUAUUGAAAAAUCGGUAGCCAUUAUGCAAAACAAAACUGCAGCGGUUGCCUUCACACUCGGCGUGUGGUGCUGGUUAAGUGUGCCGGUGGCAGAUGACUAAAUAUUGGACACGGACUGUAAGGAAACCACUGUAGGGUAGUCCAUCUUCGUCGUCGGCGGCAAAAAUGUCAUACUGCAAGCAGGAAGGUAAAGAUCGCAUCAUCUUUGUUACAAAGGAGGACCAUGAGGCCCCAAGCAAUGCUGAGCUUGUGGAAGAUGACCCAAAUGACCCUUAUGAAGAUCACGGUCUCAUACUGCCCAGCGGGGAGAUUAACUGGAACUGCCCGUGUCUCGGAGGCAUGGCCAGCGGUCCCUGCGGACAGCAGUUCAAAGAGGCUUUCUCCUGUUUCCACUACAGCACAGAGGAGGUGAAGGGCUCUGAGUGCAUUGAGCACUUCCGCGGCAUGCAGGAGUGCAUGCAGAAAUAUCCGGAACUCUACCCCCAGGAGGAUGAGAACGAGAGCGGCCCCUCUGGAGGGGAUGAUACUGCACCCGCUGAACCCAGCAACACCGACGCGGCUUCCGUUCCUGAUUCCUCCGUGGAUGAAGUGACGGUGGCAGGCACAGAAAACGCCGCCACAAGCUAAUAGUGCGCAUAUCCUGACUCUCGACCUCUUGACCUUGAUCACAGCUAGUCUUGACCUACACACAGAUCAUGGGUACACCUCUGAACGGACCUCUUGACCCUCAGAAUGCACUGAUGUCACCAGAAAGAGCAGCAAAGUUAACACUCAGAGGCUUCAGCUAUUUCCCUUAGAGAGAAAGAGAAGAGCUUUGAGUUGUAGAGUGAAAUUAUGCUGUAUGGGGACGUUUAUUGAAUUGAUGGAUGUGUGAGGUUUUGUACAAAUCCACAGGGUUGAGGUCUGCAGUUGACAUUCACAGACAGUAACAAAGGACUGAUGUUAAUUAGAUCUUAAUGCUACUAAUAGUAAUGAAUGUUGCUGUCAAAGCCUUACACUGUUUUUUUCAGUCUGCCAAUCAGCUUUUCUGAUUGACGAAGCUGACGCAUGAUUCUCAUUCAGGUCAGCCUGGUCCAUUUACCUCCGUUAGCUAUGCUUGGGUGCUUUGUCCUUUUUUACCUAUGUUCACAGAUCAGUCUACAGUGGGGGCCUAGUGCUGCUCAGAUGACAUUGUGUUGAGGUUGGAAUACUGUUGCUCUCCUAAUAAAACCUUUUGUCUGUGACAGUAACAGGUGAGGUGAGCUCCACUGGGCAUGUACAAACCAGGAGCAGUGCCCUGCAGACUUUUCUUAAGAUAGCAAUGUUUUACAUGCUCAAAAAGAUGGGGCAGUGUGUGGGUGUGGGUGGGUGUAGAGCUAUUUUACCAUUUCCAUCAAUAAUUGUUUGUGAUGUGAUUGGCCAGUUAUCCAAUCUGGGUGGAUGGGUACCAGGAACUGAGUACACAGUCAGCAAGGCUGUCAUGGGCAUUAAUCAGCUGACCUACAGAGUAAUAACAGUCAGGUGGGAUCAUCAUAAUGUGUGGUGCUGUUCCGUGGAGACUAGGGCCCGUGUGUGUGGUUCUGUUGGGGGUAGACUAAGACCUGUAUGCAUAAACCAUCUUCGCCUCCACAUUUCCAGUCUAUGAACCAUGUUUGUGUGUCCUUGAUCUCAAAGUUGUUACUAGCUUUUGUACUCAGGCCUAGUUUAUUUUCAGUCAUCCCUCUUACCGAGUUAGCCCACUAGGGGGCACCCCUGUGCUGAACACACUCGGAUCCUUUAUAGUAAGGAUCAUAGCUCAGCCGGUGAAAGAUUUAAUGCAUAAUUUCCUCAUUCAUCCUGAUGUGAUUAAACGAAAACAGAGUGAAAACUG